AUGGAGGGUAAAAUAGUGGUUUUAAGUGUGUUUAUAAUGAGUCUUGUCAUGGCACAAAUUCAAGUAGAAGCAUGGGCAUGUUGCCCUACCGAUGCUGCUAGAGAUAUCUUUAGUGAAUGUACUUACUCUGGAAAAGUCUGGACAUUUUGUGAAUCAAAAAGUGGAUGCCAACUUAAUCGUUAUAAUGUCUGCCCUCCCGGCUAUUAUCAUGGCAUUCUCGAAAAAUCUGGUGAUGUUGUUAAUGAAUACUGUAAGUUGGGAUGUGCAUCAUCCAUGUGUGGUGCCAUGACCACUCUCAAGAACUCUGACGCAAGUAAAAUUGUGAAAGGAGCGGUUGAAAAAUGCGUCAAGGCAUGUUCUACUCUCUGCACCAAAGGUUCUAUGACUGCAUUUCAAACUGCCUAA